AUGUCCCGAGAGGCCAGCUCCUGCCGCCUGGGCCCCGGGGCGCGCGCUCGCGCGCGGAAGCCCAAGAAGCCGCACUACAUCCCGCGGCCCUGGGGCAAGCCCUACAACUACAAGUGCUUCCAGUGCCCCUUCACCUGCCUGGAGAAGUCCCACCUCUACAACCACAUGAAGUACAGCCUCUGCAAGGACUCACUGUCCCUCCUGCUGGACUCCCCCGACUGGGCCUGCCGCCGCGCCCCGGCCACACCCCGGCCUCCCGCGGCCACCCCGGGCCGCCCCGCGGACCCCUCGGCCCCAGCUGACCCCGGCACCCGGCCCCGAGGGGCACGGCUCCUGGACGCCCCCACCACGCCUGACCUGGACCUCACAGCCGCCGACAUCCUCUCCUUGCGCCGCCGGGUCGGGGGCCCCCGGCUGGGGGCCGAGGGCUCCUCCCCAGGGACACCACCCCCUGAGGCCGGGGACAUGCAGAAGGGUGCGGGCUUGGGGGGCCUCCUGGCUGAGGCAUGGAAGCCGGGGUCGGGUGGGGGCCGGAGAAGUGCAGCCAUGGUGGGUGCGGGUGCCUCGGGCCCCGAGACCAGCGUCCCCUGCUACCCUCCGCCCAGCUCCGGGGAGCUCCCCGAGGCCCAGAGCCUCCACCUGUCCCUGCUGGGCGUCAACUACCCUCUCGGCCCGAGCCUUUUUUCCUACUUGGGGCCCUCCCUGGCCGCCGCCGCACACGUGCCCUUCCUGGCCUCGGCCAGCCCCCUGUUGCCCCCGGCCGCUGCCUUCCCUGCCCCACAGCCCCCCGAAAGCCCCACCCUGAUCCCCCGCCUGUACUACCCCCUGCUACUGGAGCAUAGCCUGGGGCUGCCGGCCGGCAAGACCGCCCUCGCCAAGCCCCCCGUGCCCCUGAGAGGGCCCCCGGGGGCCCUGGUCCCUGGGCUGCUGAAGGUGCCGGUGCCGGGGCUGGGUGGGCCCUGGCCCCGCAGCACUCUCAGGGACCCCAGGCAGGAAGAGCAGCUGGGGCGGGCCGCCCAGAGCGACCCCAAGAGAAAGCUGGCCCUGGGGGCCCAGCCAGAACCCCUGAAGGCCCCCUGCAGCCGAGCGAGCGUCAGCGCCCAGAGCAGCCUGCGGACCGGCCCCUCCGCGAUGCUCUGGCCCGAGGACAAGGAGCUGAGCGACCUCGAGACAGCUGGCCCCACGGCCUCCCUGCCCCCGCAGCCACUGGGCCUGGCGCUGGGGGGCCCCGGGCACAUGGGCGAGGACCUGACGCGGGUCCUGGGCGACUGUGCCAGGGCGGAGCAGCGCCUGGGCCAGCUGGCGCCUGCCGGGGGCCUGGCCCCGCGGCCCCUGCGGGAGCAGCUGGGGAAGAUCCGCCGCGAGCUGCUCACCAUCCACCAGGCGCUGGCGCGGGCCGUGCGGCCACCCGACGCACCCCUCGACCUCUCAGUGAAACGGGCGCCCACCAAGGCGCAUGAGGUGCCCGCGGGGCCGUGGGCGCAGCCGGAGCUGGGCCCCACACUGGCCCGGGGGACCCCAGAGCCCCGUGGCCUGCUGGCAGCCCCGCCUCUGACCAGCCACACCACCAAGUGUGAGGCUGAUUCCAGUGUCCCCCCGCCGGCCCUUCCCCUGCAGGCUCCCGAGGACCCUGGCAUUCCCGGCAGCUGGGGUGCCCACGCUGGGGCUGGGGGCUCCUGGCCCCCUGAGGCUGUCCCAGGCCUGCAGAGCCCGCCGGGUGCCGAGGUCUGA